ACCAAAUGUACCUCUCUCAUAUACAUCCUCAUCGAGUCCCACUGUUAUUUUGUUCUUCCCGCCCCACACCCCACCUUCUCCUCUCCCUUGAGUCCCUUCCCCUUCUUGAGUCACACCUGUGCGUCAGUAUCUCUACUCACUUUUCCCAGCAAAUACCAAAAACCGGCGAGCCCAACCGCACAAUCGCCGCCGGCGCCCACCGGACGCUGUCAUCCCCCCCAAAAAUCCAAACCGCCAAUCGUUGUCGUUUCGGAGUAGAACACACGAGAAUCCGCAGCUCGACGCCGUUGAAUUGGGCAGGACACUCUCUAUCAACAAGACUGAGUCGAAAAAUGCCGAGUUCGAAGGACGAUUCCGCCACCAAUACCGGCAGCUCCAGCUACGACAUCCCGGAAUCUAAUUCUGUCGUUUACUCUGUAGGCGAGAAGGUUUUCGCGUAUCACGGCCCUCAUUGCUACGAUGCCAAGGUUCAAAGAGCGGAGCUUCGGAAUAAGGAAUGGAGAUAUUUUGUUCAUUACACGGGUUGGAGCAAGAAUUGGGAUGAAUGGGUAGGUGCUGAUCGGCUAGUAAAGCUUACCCAGGAGAGUGCCAAAAAGCAAGACAAAAAACACAGUGUACAGAAAAGUGCCAGAUCAGGGAGCUCAGCUCAAGAUAAACCUAAAAAAUCAACAGACCUGCGAGUUGAUAAAGAGGACACGAAGUGCCAUGUUGCAAAGGGGAAAAAACACAAGGCUGACUCCGGAACUGAGGACAGUACACCAGUUGAAAAACUUAUCACGAUUCAAAUUCCAUCCACUUUAAACAAGCAGCUCGUUCAUGAUUGGGAGUUCAUCACUCAACAAAAUAAGCUUGUCCAACUGCCCCGAUCUCCCAAUGUUGAUGAUAUACUUCGAAAAUACCUCGAGUACAGAACUGAAAAGGAUGGCAUGAUGACCGAUGCAGAUGGGGAAAUUCUGAAUGGGGUACGCUGCUAUUUUGACAAAUCCUUACCUGUUAUGCUUUUGUAUCAAAAGGAACGCCAACAGUAUCGUGAAGCAGUAUCAGGCAAUGUAUCUCCAUCAAGUGUGUAUGGUGCUGAACAUCUCUUGCGUCUUUUUGUAAAGUUGCCUGAGCUGCUUGCUUGUCUGAAAAUUGAAGACGAGACGCUGAUCCAGCUGCAGCAGAAAUUGGUGGAUUUUCUAAAAUUUCUGCAGAAGAAUAAGGGUGCAUUCUUUCUUACUUCUUAUGACACCAUUAAAGCUUCUGGUGUAGAUGGCAGCAAGGGAAAAGACAAGUGAAUGGACAGAACAAUGGAGUAAAGCUUGGGAGGAAGAACUUACUAAUCUUUGGUUUCACUUAGAUCCUGACUAUUGCUUGUACCAUACUCUCACUAUGUUUAGUGUAGUAGUAAAGCUUGGGAGGAAGAACUAAGCUUCGUCUUUUUAUCUUUAAUUUUACAGACAAAAUAUUUGAGUAUAUGCCAGAGAUAAUAUUUGUAUAUGUGCGGCGACAUAUAUGAUUUUAUUUGUUAGAUCCAAAAGUUUUGGGAAAAGGGGGCAUUAGUGCCUAUUUU